CAGCCAGUCAGUCAGUCGAGGGGUGUCGAGUGUCGCAGGCGGACUCGUGCUAUUAGGUGCCAAGAAACCAGUCGAGUUUAUUUUUUAAAUAUUUUUGAAUCAUUUAAUUUCUUUUUUAGUUCGACGACGGGGAAAGAUGCGCGAAAUUGUCCACAUUCAGGCUGGACAAUGCGGGAACCAAAUUGGGUCUAAGUUCUGGGAGGUGACGAGCGACGAACACGGCAUAGACCCCGAAGGCGUCUACGUCGGGUCACACGAAAUUCAGCUGGAGAGGAUAGACGUCUAUUACAAUGAAGCUUCAGGAGGGAAGUACGUUCCCCGGGCCGUCUUGGUUGACCUGGAACCAGGAACAAUGGACGCCGUCAGAGCAGGUCCUUUCGGGAAGCUCUUUCACCCCGACAACUUCGUUUUCGGUCAGAGCGGCGCAGGCAACAACUGGGCGAAGGGUCACUACACCGAAGGAGCGGAACUGGUGGACGCCGUUAACGACAUCGUCAGGAAGGAGAUCGAGGGAUGCGACUGCCUCCAGGGGUUCCAGCUGGCACACUCCUUAGGAGGGGGCACAGGAUCGGGCAUGGGCACCCUUCUCAUCUCCAGGAUCAAGGAAGAAUACCCAGACAGAAUAGUCAACACCUUCUCAGUGAUGCCUAGUCCAAAGGUUUCGGACACAGUCGUGGAGCCCUACAACGCAACCCUCUCCGUCCACCAGCUGGUCGAAAACACGGACGAAACUUACUGCAUCGACAACGAAGCCCUCUACGACAUCUGCUUCAAGACCCUGAAGAUAGCAACGCCGACCUAUGGCGAUUUGAACCACCUGGUGUCCCUGGCAAUGUCCGGACUGACGACCUGUCUCAGGUUCCCUGGUCAGCUGAACGCUGACCUCAGGAAACUGGCCGUCAACAUGGUUCCUUUCCCGCGUCUUCACUUCUUCAUUCCUGGCUUCGCUCCGCUUACGGCUCGUGGGUCACAGGCCUACACGGCAGCAACCGUUCCAGAGCUGACUCAGCAGCUUUUUGAUCCCAGGAACAUGAUGGCUGCUUGUGACCCACGUCACGGACGAUACUUGACUGUGGCCACAGUGUUCCGAGGUCGCAUGUCCAUGAAGGAAGUGGAUGAACAGAUGCUUAAAGUUCAGAACAAGAACUCCUCGUACUUCGUCGAGUGGAUUCCAAACAAUGUGAAGACAGCGGUGUGUGAUAUUCCACCCAGAGGGAUGAAGAUGGCUGCCACGUUCAUAGGAAAUUCGACUGCCAUUCAAGAUCUAUUCAAGCGAAUAUCACAGCAAUUCACCGCUAUGUUCCGGCGGAAAGCUUUCCUCCACUGGUACACGGGCGAGGGAAUGGACGAAAUGGAGUUCACCGAGGCAGAGUCCAACAUGAAUGAUCUCAUAUCUGAGUACCAGGAGUACCAGGAAGCCAGGGCAGAUGAAGACCAGUUCACGGACGAAGACCAUGACGACCAUGAAUAUGAUGCGCAAAGUGUUGGAGGUCAGGGCAAUAGAACCCCAAGUGUUGCAGGGGGCAGCGUUCGCGGUGACACAGCAGGCGAUGAUGGUGGUGACCAAGAUGAGGACGAGGAUAGAGGGGAUACUGCUGAUGGGGGUGAUGAUGAUGAUGAUGACGCUGGUGGUGGCGCCGGGGAAAAGGAUGGAGCGGAGGAGGAGGAAUAUGCAGAAGGAGAAAUCACAGAGACAUUUUAAGACCAAGUUUUCGGCGACUUUCGGUUUUCACCUUCAUUUGUUGAUCAUUCUAUAAUAAAAAGAAAUAAUAAGAAAUUUUAACUCCUUGCUAAUCAUUUGAGGGCUGUUACAGAAGUCUCUUGCGCUGAAGCCUUCUUAGAGACAGUACGGAGUCAUAACGACAUCCUUCUUAUUAGCUUUCCUGAGUAUUUGCUUUUACUGUCCUCCAUCUGGUGUGAUUGCGUGUGAAUGUGUGUAAUAUGUUCCUUAACUGUAGCUACAUAUCGUAAUUUACACGUUUUAAAUUAUAAUUUGAUACUUCUAGGGUUUAGUGUUGUCAAUAAAACAGUAAGCUAAAA